AUGGCCGCACCCUCGCUGCCAGCGGCAGCCAGCAAGCUGCCAGAGGCGGUGGACCGUGUCUGGGAGGGGCUGGGUGGCGGACCUGCCGACCUGGUGUUUCCAGACGAGUUCCUGGGCGUGUGGGAGGUGGACAGCGUGCUGACGCUGGUGGAGCUCCCCCUGGGACCAGAGUUUGUGCCUGACAUGCGGGUGGUGCAGCGGGCGCAGCAGGAGGACUUGAAUGCGCUGGUGCAGUACCAGGCCGCCUUCCUGCAGAACGGGCGGGGCGAGGUGGUGCCGGACCGGCGGUUCAACACAGCCAGCCUGAUGCGAACGUACGCUGGCACGGCGGCGGCGGAGAUUGAGUGGGAUCCCGACGACCCAAACCAGCUGCAGCUGCAGAUGCCUGGGGGCUUGCAGGUGUCCACCCGGGUGACUCGGCGCUCAGAGGAGCAGCCUGCCGCCGACCGCCUCACCACCUCUGAAUACUUCCAGCAGCUCAUCUCCGCCCCACAGCAGCCGCAGCCCAAGGUCAAGGCCAGCCGCUGCCUCACCAAGUAUCACUGGCGCAGCCCCGCCGACGCGGCGGCGGGCGGCGGCGGCGGCGUGCAAAUAGUGGCCACCCAGGUGGUCUCCGACUACCUCACCGCCUUUGACGACCCGGCGGCCAUGAUGGAGGCGCAGGGGCGGCCCGUGGUGGUGUACACCUAUCGCAUGGCCUUCCGGCGAAGCCAGGCGGCGGCGGCGGCGGGCUGA